AAAGACAAAAAAAAAAAAAGGCAAGAUGUAUUGGGGAGAGAGCAACAGUGAGCCAGGAACUAAAGUCCAAGAAAAGUAGGGCACAGGUAGAGAGUGGGUUAUGUCACCUGCUGCCCCAGAUUCAGAGCCAGUGCUCUUACUCCCCUUUUCAGGCUUGCUCUGACCUUGGACAAAGAAGAGAAAUAGAGAAGGACAAAGGCAGCAGCAGAGUUGUCCUUUAGUGAUCCCAGGGCUGUCAUCAUCUGCUUGGCGUUGUACAUGGUUCUUUGCUGUGAGACUUGAGUAGGACCUGAGGUUGGGUUCUGGUUCCUCUUCAGAAGGUAUGGUGAGAGGAGUCUGAAUCACAUAUGUUCGGCUGAAAUUGAACACGUUUCUAUGUGAGAUAGAAAUGCUUUCUCACAUGUGUUUCUACGUGAGAUAGAAAUGCUUUGACUCAGUCACAGUAGAAAUGGUAGAGACAUAAACCCUAUUCUCCUUAUGUUUAUAACCAAAUAGUUUGCCACCUAUUAUUUGCUAUCUCAUUCUUUUUACAUGUCCCUUGGCCACGGUCACCUGCUGGAAGAGGGAGUUAACCACAACCUAGGGGGAGAAAGAUGACUUUCCAAAGUGUGUCUGCUGAGGUGAAAAUUACCAGCUCAGGCCUGCUCAGUAUUGUGUAUAUCACGGAAAGACAUAAUUGCCAGUACCCAGAAACCAUUCUGUCUGUUAUCAAAUGUGUGAUUCAUAACUUUUGGACACCAAAGGAGUGUAAUGAUAUAACCAUAACUAUCAAUCCAUAUGGGGAGACUGUGUGCUUCUCCGUGAAGCCUGCCAGGAAGAUGUUUAUCUAUACAAUAAGUGUGAAUCGAAACAUUGUGGAUUUCAAACUCUUCCUCAUAUUUGUAGCGGGCGUUUUCCUCUUUUUUUAUGCAAAAACCUUAAGUCAAAGCCCUGUUUUCUAUUACUCUUCGGGGACUGUGCUAGGUAUUCUAAUGACAUUAGUCUUUGUCCUGCUGUUGGUGAAAAGAUUCAUUCCUAAGUAUAGCACCUUUUGGGCUCUAAUGGUUGGUUGUUGGUUUGCUUCAGUUUAUGUUGUGUAUCAACUGACGGAAGAUGUGAAGUGGCUGUGGUAUGAAAACAGAGUGUAUGUAUUAGGCUACAUCUUGGUAGUUGGAUGUCUCAGCUUUACUGUCUGUUACAAGCACGGGCCACUUGUUGAGGAGAGGAGUGUCAGCCUCCUUGCGUGGACACUGCGUCUCCUCUCGCUGCUCCUGAUCUACGCUGGUGUCACAGGGCCUCAGUUCGCCUACACAGCGAUGCUCCUCCUCCUGUCCGCCAGGAACCUGUGCCACCUGCUGCAGGCAUUCAGUUAUGUGAGAUGGAAAAUGAAGAACUGGUUUACAUCAGAAAAGCUGGUGGUUAAGUAUCUUACUGAAGACGAAUACAGGGAACAGGCCGAUGCUGCAACAACCCAAGCUCUGGAGGAGCUGCGCCAGGCCUGCCGCAGCCCUGGCUUCCCAUCCUGGCUGGCCGUCUCCAGGCUCCGGGAGCCAAAAAAGUUUGCAGACUUUGUUCUUGGAGGAAGCCACUUGUCACCUGAAGAAAUUAGUCUGCAUGAAGAACAGUAUGGCCUCGGGGGUGCCUUCUUGGAAGAGCAGCUCUUUAACCUGAGGACUCCUGACAGUCUACCUGCACACUGAUAAUCAUUCUGGACAAGGAAGGGCAGAGAUCCUAUUAAAGGUGGGCAGAACCAUUCUAGAGAACAGUGGCAAGAGCAUUUGCUGUGGAGAAAAGUCAGAUCACACUGGAAAGGAACUGUGUUAGAGAUAAUCCUUCUUGGCUACUUCUGCAAAUUGUACUGUAGGUGACCGAUAAGAUUCUGUGAUGGUCACUACCACUUUCCUUGAAUGAAGAGUUUCAUUAGGAAGAAGGAAUUAUGUUGAUCUUUAAGGGGCCAAUUAAUAUGAAUAGGUGCCUUAUCAACUCCAGGGCAUUAAAUCCUCUCAUUUCCCAGGACAUGCGUCAGAAGAUUCUGCAUUGCUUUUCCUAUGUGUGAUCAAUGUAAGUGCUAGAAGAGACACGAGAUAAUGCUGGACCAGUGUUUUCCAAAGUGUAGUCCACAGGAUGGUAAUAAGCAUCAGUGGAUAAAGGGAUCCUGAGGUCAACUAAUACUGAUACAGGAUAAACAAAUGUACUGCAGGACUUCUCAGAGCCUUUAGUAAUGCUAAUGCACACUGCGAAUCUCCGAAGAGGAGAAACUGUGCUCAGCGGUGUCUGACUUACUUUGGCCACAGAACCCUUUUUUCAUGAGAUUAAUAUUCCUUGGAACACAUGUUUGGGAACUGCUGAUGAUGGAGGAGUUGAGCUUUGGGGAGGUUAACUAACUUCUCUGAGACCACAAAGCUUUUCAGAGGCAGCUCUAGUGCUAGAACUCCAGCCCUAUGGUUUUGUACCACUCAGGUAGAAGAGACCUUUAGAAGCAAGCCAAGGGGCCAUCUCUCCAUAGCCUUGGGUCUCACAAUGUUGGUAACUCUUUUAUUUUUAAUUUUUAAAUAAUAGCCAACUAGCUGUUUGAUAACUAUAAUAAAGAGAAACAUUUUCCUAAGAUUAUAUUUUAAAGUUUUGAUAAGACUUUUAUAGUCAUAUAUAAAGAUCAGAAAUUAGAAUUACUUCUCAUAGCGUUUUCUGUAUGUUGAAAUUGAAAGCAUUUAACCUCUUGUGACAUUUUAAAUUGAGUGGCCUAUCUUUUAAAAUUAUUUAUUAGUUAUAUAUGUUUAUAACAAUUUCCUACAAAACAGGUUUGUGAUCUUUCUUACAGAGAACAAAAUCUUUUUUUCUUGAUUCCUAAUGUUAGAUUCAGAGUGAAAUGAGGGACUAACUGUGAGCUCUGACCCUGAGGAAAAGAGGCCAAAACAAGGCAUGAGAAAAGAUCUGAACGUGGCAAAGCAACCUAAGGGUUGAGAAGUUGCUGAAUUGAUUCUCUGUGAGAAUCAGGUGUGGGCCCUUUUGCUGUGAGGUCAUAAAGAGUAGCCACAUAAUGAAUGAGGACUAGAAGAAGGGUUAUGGAGGAGGAACAUACAGAUAAUUUCCUGCUUUCCUGAGCCAAAUUUAGUAGAGUUUUUCUAUGUUGUUGCAUAAGAGCGUGGCUGCCCAUUUGGAACUGUCAGAUUGCUUUUCAAAUAUUUCCUCUUUGAAGCAGUGUGUCAGUAUUUUACAAGUCUUUUUGCCAGACACCUUGUAAUGUCAAGAGCUUUGCUAUUUUUGUGAAAUGUACUCAGUUUAAUCUGCUUUCACAUAGACUUUGAUAUGAAAGUCAAGACAUUUUCCAUUUGGAUUUAGGAUGACGAUGACCGUUUUAGAAGUGUAAAUGGUUCUUAACGUCAUUUUUGUCACAGUUUAAUCAGUUCUUUUUUUAUAUAAUUCUAUUUAUUGGUGCUUUAUUAUAAAUAUAUGAGAUGAGUUCGUGGUUGUGCUCACUCUGUUCACCUCCCAGGAGGUGGUGUGUGUACUACCCCCUGUGUGUGUGUGUGUGUGUGGUGUGUACAGCCUGCUGGGGACAUCCCAGCCAAGACAGCCACUAGGCCUACCUGCACCAAGGUGAAGAGGUGCCAGUGAUGGAAGGAAGCAGCUUCUGGUGGGCCAACAAGCUGAUGUCACCAUGUUUACUGUUACAAAAAUACCUAAAGAAAGAGAAAAAGAGCUGUGGCCUUUGGGGACAUUGUUUUUCAUGUUUUAGAGGAAGUCAUGGAUUUGUCUCUUUCUGUUAUGUGAGUCCUGUAAGAAGCUAAACAAUUAAAAGCAUUACUUGUGAUAUA